GCUGGGCCGUAGGAGUAGACGCCCUCGGUCGUCCGUUUCGUCUUGCAGCUUCCGGGUUUGCGGCUGCGGCCAUUUUGAGCUUCGCUUCCUUUUGCUCUCGCCCGCCACCCAGCCCUAACGUCUGUGUAUUUCGCGCCUCCGUGUGGGCCGGGGUCUCCGGAAACGUCGCCGCCGCUGCCGUGUGAGGGGUCUUCUCUAUGGUGGAGCGGUCUCACACGCACUAGGGCGCCUCCUUUCUCGCCGAGAUGGACGUAGUCGCCUUCGCCACCGCUUGCGCGGGCCGCCCGGCCGUACGGUACAUCGCUCGCUACGGAAGCCGCCGCUCUCUGGGCCUCUGCUGGCGCGGGAAUCGGAAUGCAGUACCCAUUCCGUGUCUGGGCAAGGCUAAGACUGUGUAGGCCUCGGACCCUGCCCGCUCUGACGCCGCUGAGCUCCGUACUCGUGCCCGAGAAGUUGCCAAGGAAAGGAGAUGGAGACGGGAACACAUAGGGCUCGGAAGCGGCCUACCUCUCGGAUGGGCUCCUGGUUCCGGCUGCCCUUCCUUCGGCGUUCGCACGCCUGCACUUCCGAGUUCCCGAAGCCUUCUUCUCGACCAAAUCUCGAGGUCUCCGCCCGGCCCGAGCCUCGGACCAGGUACUGGACCAAAUUGCUUUCCCAGCUCCUUGCCCUGCUCCCUAGCUUGCUCCAGAAGCUGCUUAUUUGGAGUCAGCUUUUCGGUGGCAUGAUUCCGACCAGAUGGCUAGAUUUUUCAGCAAGUUACAGCGCUCUAAGAGCUUUGAGAGGACGGGAGGAAUCAGCCGCUCCCACAGUGCAGAAAUCUUUGAAUUCUCUGCGGCUAGACUCUUCUUCGGAAGACUUGGUUGUCAGGUCUCUUGAUUGGCUAGAGGAGGGACUCCAGUGGCAGUGCUCGUCCUCAGACCUGGAAUUGAAAUUCAAGGCCCAGGAAAGAGCUUUAGACUCUACAGCGCACACUUUCCUCUUGGAGCAGCAGCUGUGGGGAGUGGAGUUGCUGCCCGGUAGUCUUCAAACCGGUCUAGUCUCCCACCGAGAACUUGGCUCUUCAUCCUCUGGGCCUCUGAGUACUCAGAGCUUGGGCAAUUUCAAGGUAGUUUCCUAUCUCCUGAACCCUUCCUACCUGGACUGCCUUCCCCAGUUAGAGCUGCGCUGUCAGAACAGCGUCGGAGGUGGCCAACUUGUGGAUUUCCGAACACUAUCCCCAGAGAGCUGCUACCUUUCUGAAGAUGCUUGUCACCCUCAGCCGCUGUGUGCUGAGAUGUCGGCAACUGCCUGGCGGAGGUGUCCGCCCCUCUCUACAGAAGGCCUGCCGGAAAUCCACCACCUUCGGAUGAAACGGCUAGAAUUCCUUCAGGCAAACAAGGGGCAAGAGUUACCCACCCCUGACCAAGACAAUGGCUAUCAUAGCCUGGAGGAGGAGCACUGCCUUCUCCGGAUGGAUCCGCAACAUUGCACAGAUAAGGCAGCACAGGCAGUCUCCCCUGCUGGAGCCAGCCCGCAGCCCACUGAGAAAAAAGUAGAAUUGGUGGUUGAGGAAGUUUCACAGAGCCCCCAGGGAAGCAGUCUGUCUUGUGAGUUAAGUGUGCAAAAAGAAUGUGAAGACUACUCAGACAUAGGGGGUAACCUUCCAGUCUCUACCAGACCAGCUUGUACCAACAAACUGAUAGAUUAUAUUUUGGGAGGAGCCUCCAGUGACUUGGACACCAGCUCCGAUUCUGAAAGUGAGGAUUGGGAUGAGGAACCUGAGGAUGAUGGUUUUGAUAGUGAUGGCUCCCUGUCUGAAUCAGACAUGGAACAAGACUCCGAAGGGCUUCACCUUUGGAACUCUUUCUACAGUGUAGAUCCUUACAACCCCCAAAACUUUACAGCCACAAUUCAGACUGCUGCCAGAAUUGCCCCCAGAGACCCAUCUGAUUCAGAGAAGUCCUGGUCUGGCAACUCUGAUGUAGGGAGUUCUCAGGCCACACUCCUUCCUGAGACCCCUGACCAGAGUUCCGGGGAGGAGGAUGACUGGGAAUCCAGUGCAGAUGAAGCAGAAAAUCUUAGAUUGUGGAACUCUUUCUGUAAUUCUGAGGACCCCUACAACCUUUUAAAUUUUAAGGCUCCUUUCCAAACAUCAGGGAAGAGCUGGAAAGGCAGUCAGGACUCGAAGGCAUCUUCUGAGGCCACAGUGGUCUUUUCUGGGCAUCAGACCUUACUUUCUUGUGAGGCAAAACUGUUAGAGAGCCAAGAAGACAAUUGUCCAGGCUGUGGGCUGGGUGAGGCACUUUCUGGAGAAAGAUACACCCAUAUCAAGAGAAAAAAGGUAACCUUCCUUGAAGAAGUUACUGAGUAUUAUAUAAGUGGUGAUGAGGAUCGCAAAGGACCAUGGGAAGAAUUUGCAAGGGAUGGAUGCAGGUUCCAGAAACGAAUUCAGGAAACAGAAGUCGCCAUUGGCUACUGCUUGACGUUUGAGCACAGAGAAAGAGUGUUUAGUAGACUGCAAGACCAUGUUUCAAAGGACUUACUGUUGUAUAGCAGUGCUAAGCAGAGGGAGCAGCCUGCAGCCCUCACCCACUCCAUCUCUUACUUGAGAGGUUUCUCUUAAAAACAAACACUGGCAGCUGUCCUUGGACAUGUUUUUAAAGAAACAACUUGUUUCUAGUGA